AUGGCUGGAGGAAAAGGAAAAUCUGCAGACAAGUCCGCCAAAGCUACCAAGUCUCGAUCAUCUCGUGCUGGUCUCCAAUUCCCUGUUGGUCGUAUCCACCGUCUCCUCCGUAAAGGAAACUAUGCUCAAAGAGUCGGUGCUGGUGCUCCCGUCUACUUGGCUGCAGUGCUCGAAUACUUGGCUGCUGAAAUCCUUGAAUUGGCCGGUAACGCUGCUCGUGACAACAAGAAGACCCGUAUCAUUCCUCGUCACUUGCAACUCGCUGUGCGAAACGAUGAAGAAUUGAACAAACUCUUGGGUGGUGUUACUAUUGCUCAGGGUGGUGUCUUGCCAAACAUCCACGCCAACUUGUUGCCAAAGAAGACUGCCGAACCCACCACUGGCAAAUCAAAGAAGUCAUCAAAGAGCGACGAAUAA